CAGUAUAUCUAUCUCUCAGGCGCCUGCAGUCAGUGUGUGCUUUAGCUAGAAAAAGGCUUUAAAUGCGGAUUAACGCACUAGCUAGUCGAACAGAUUAAUUAGUUAGUAUUUAUAAAACGAGAUCGCACCUUUAUUUGAUCAGCUUUGUUAUUACGGAAAGAAAAUAAUAGAAGAAAGACAGGGUUAGUUGAGAAGGAGUCCCUCAAAUAUCAUGGAAAUUCUCUGUUAGUGACAGAUACAGCAGGGUUUGAUAAACUAAAAGACUAAGAUAAAGGAGCAAAUCGAUAUUUUUUUAUUAUUUUAGUUGCUAGAUUAAAAGCUUUAUUUUCUCAGGAUUAGCCAUUCAGCUGCACGAACGAGAAAUAGAUCUGGCGAUUUAUUUAGCAUUUAAAUUUAUCAACUAAAUAAUCCAUAACAUGUGUGCUCAGCUCCUUAUGUUUAAUAUAACGUUAUAUGUAUUUUUUAAACCUGGUGAUAUUUUUAAAGCAGGUUUGUGAGAACUGUUUGUGUGGGUUAGCAUCAGCCUUAGCAUCCACAUACUAGACGUGUGUAAAAGAGAUUUAGCUGAUAAAAGAAUCAAAUAGUAAAUUGAAAUCUUAACAUUAUUAUCAGGUUUAAGUUACUGUAUUGAAGUACAGAUGGUCUGUGGAUAGUGCAGUAAAAUCAUAUUAAAUCUGUUCAGUUGAUCACAUCAGAAGACAUUAGCCUGCGAGCUAACACGAAGGACAUCAGGAGGAUUUCACAUCAAAACAUUGACUUAUUCAUCUACUCAUUUAUUAAUAACGAAAUAUAUCAAAUCGUGGUGAAAGAAGGAAGAGGCAUCUAAAUAAGAAGGCUUUACUUGAGGAGGAAUUUAUAUAAGAAGGCAGUGUUAAGGAUCCUUCCCGGCGCUCCCAGCGCUCUUGAUCAUCCCAGCGCUCAGCGUGCUGGCUCCUCCCCCUCCAGGCGGCAGCGUGCGCUCUCAGCCGCCCCCGUGCACCCCGCGCUCGCCAGGCCUGCGUACCCGAGCCCAUGCCCCCAGCUCCACGCGGCCCUCCAACGCCAUGUGUGUCCCGCACACUAUGGAGGCGGGCAAGCACAGCGCCAGCCAGGGGCAGGACAGCCGUGCCGGGGUCCCCCUGGAGCCGUUCAUUCACCAGGUGGGCGGCCACACCAGCAUGAUGCGUUACGAUGACCACACCGUCUGCAAACCGCUCAUCAGCCGCGAGCAGCGCUUUUACGAGUCCCUGCCGCCGGAGAUGAAAGAAUUCACCCCCGAAUACAAAGGUGUGGUGCUGGUGUGUUUUGAGGGUGACUCUGAUGGCUACAUCAAUCUGGUGGCAUAUCCAUACGAAGAGAGCGAGGGGCUGGACCAUGAAGAGCUGUCCGAAAGAGAUCAGCCUCGCCGAAAACACUCUCGCCGUAGCCUCUACCGCUCCAGCAGCGAGCAAAAAGAGGACAGACCAGCUCACGAUGGCGACAGCAAUGACAAUCUGCAGGAGUUGAAGAGUCCUCGUCUGGACCUACAGAUGCAUUCAGAUGUGCCCUUCCAGAUGUUGGACAGCAACAGCGGCCUGAGUUCAGAGAAGAUCAGCCACAACCCCUGGAGUCUGCGCUGCCACAAACAACAGCUCAGCCGCAUGCGCUCUGACUCCAAAGACAGAAAACUCUACAAAUUCCUGCUGUUGGAGAACGUAGUGCAUCAUUUCGUCUACCCCUGCAUCCUGGACUUGAAGAUGGGCACCCGUCAGCACGGCGAUGACGCGUCAGAGGAGAAAGCUGCCCGGCAGAUGAAGAAGUGUGAGCAGAGCACAUCUGCCACAUUAGGAGUGCGUGUGUGUGGCAUGCAGGUCUACCAGAUGGACACCGGUCACUAUCUAUGCAGGAACAAGUACUAUGGCCGCAGUCUUUCUAUCGAGGGAUUUCGACACGCACUCUUUCAGUUCAUGCACAACGGGACGCAGCUGCGUAAAGACCUUUUCGAGCCCAUCCUGAGCAAACUAUGCAGCCUGAAGGCUGUGCUGGAGCGCCAGGCCUCGUACCGCUUCUACUCCAGCUCGCUGCUCAUCAUCUACGAGGGCAAGGACCCCGAGUCUGAGGACGCUGGCUGUCAGAGGGCCUCGGAGCCGGAGAAGCAGGGCUGUGUGGAGAACCCUCCGGCCUCGGAGCCCUGUACGCCUCGCCAGACGCUGAGCGUGGAUGUGCGCAUGAUCGACUUCGCCCACAGCACCUUCAAAGGCUUCCGGGAUGACCAAACCAUCCACGACGGACCUGACCGCGGAUACGUGCUCGGACUGGAGAGCCUCAUCGACAUUUUGCAGGAAAUCCGCAACGAGAACCAGUAGCUCUGCCCUGCAGCUUUUCAUAGAGAGACAUAGACGUUUGUAGAGAUUGCACAUUGACACAAACCUAAAGGUGUGUUUGAACCGUGAGGGAUUGGUGUACACAAGAAAUGGAGGUGACCUCUACCUAUGAAGGUUCUUGUCUCUGCUGCCAGAGAAGAAAUGGCUCCUAGCCUCCCCUCAAUAGAAGAUGGUUUCAGUUUGUUUGUCCCAUGGAUUCAUCGCCACCAUGUGGCCCGCUGAAGCACUGCAGGAAUGAACCAUGACCUCAGGCCGUGUCCGCAGUCAGGGUCUCUCUUAGAGUGUGGCAAUGCUAAAGAGAGAGAAAGCGUGUCUCUGUGUGUGUGUGUGUGUGUGUGUGUGUGUGUACAUGUGAGAAUCUCAAGAAGAAAAAUCCAGGUCACCCUAAAAGAAAAAAAAAGAAAAAAAAUCUUGUAUUGCAUAAACAAAGCCUAUUUUUAGGACCUUUAAGAUUUUUGUGACAUUAUUUUCAUGACAAAUUUAGCCUGAAAGCAUUUCUCCCCCAAAUUCUUCUUAUUAUAAUUCAUAACAUAUUUUUCCAGACACACAUUAGCAACUGUACUUUGCCAUUAACAUGCUGUAUCAUUAUGUGUUCCCAUCAUACUGUACUAAUGAGACAGGGAAGAUAUGCUUUGUUAUAAAAAUAAUGUCACCAUGCAAAAAAAAAAAAGAAAAGAAUCUUAAUGGUUUUAAAAAAAAUAUCUUCAUGCAAUGUUGUUUUCUCUUGUGAUGUUUUAUUUUUUUCUGGGUGAGGGAGAGUGAAAUAUGUUCUCUGUAUAAACACUCAGUAUUUCUCCAAGAGUUUAAAAGGGAGUAAAUUCAGCUCAGAGCAGUUGGUCAAAGCUUUACUGUAGGAGUCGGGGCAUUUAAAGGAGAUUUAAACCACUCGUCUUUGAUGACAAGAGGAUGAAACUGGCCUUAUGGCAAUAGUUGAAUUCACAGCUUAGCUAUGCGAGCCUAUUUAACUGGUCAGAGGAUGCUUUUUUAUUUUAUUGUUAUUAUAUUUUGGGCUUUUUGGUAGCUGUCUUACUCUGUGCGUUAAAAGCAGUCAUUACAUGUUAAGAGUUUGGACAAUUUUGUUGAUCCCCCCUCCGUGAUUUAUAAGUCGUAGGGGUUUUGGUGGGAUAGUGUAUUUCUAGUCUUGAAUUUAGAUUACCCAUGUGUUACAAAGUCUUUCCCUGUCAGUAAGCCUCACUGUAAAAAUAAUAAUAAUAAUAAUUUCCUUAAUCUGUCAAAAUAUUUAAACAUCUUCAAAACAAAUCCUGAAAAGCUAAAUUGUGUAAGGUAUUAACACUUGUUUAAAGAUUACAUUUUUAUCUUGAUUUAGGUCUCAUUUUAUCUUUGACUUAUUUUUUUUAUAAACAAGUCUUAAUAUUUUAAACAAUUUUUUGUUUUGUUGAAAAACAACAUAAACCGACUAAUUUAAGAAGCUUAUUUUAGAUAGUGCUCACUAACAUCUGCACUGUAAAUUAUUAUGAACACAUUACAAGAGCAUGAUUUUUUAUUUUUGUUUCUUUUUUUCAGACUUAUUUAGAAGUGUUGUCUUUUAAUUACACGUACUGUACACUCUGAGGGAACAAAAGGUACAAAAGCUGACACUGGGACAGUACCCUUUCAAAAGUACACCUUUGUACUUUACUUACCCAUAAAAGGUCUCUUUUAGUACCUUGAAUAUACAGAUUUGUCACCUAAAGUGUACAAAUUAUUAUAUAAAUGGUAUAUAUUAGUGCUUUUUGAAAGGAUACUGCCACAGUGGCAGCUAUUGUACCUUUUUUUCUGAGAGCAGUGACAUUCUGCCCACCAUCAGCAAAUGUAGCAAGAUUGGUGUCUAGGUUUGUCUUUGUGAGUCACAUCAGCAGUCGAGUGGAGAUCGUCUCCUCAUCAUGACACCUUCAGCAUGGUCUCUGUCUAGAUGAAGCAUUUAUUGCACUAUGGUGUCAUCCUUUUACUGAAAAUGGACACUUUUUUCAUUCUCUGGGAAACAGACAUCGUAUCUGCUUGUGGUAGCAGUUGAGCAAAUAUAUAAACUUCAUUCAUUCGUCUUGUCCUACAUUUAUUGGUGAUCAUGUGUAUAAAUAAUAAAUCAUCAUUAUAAAACAUGGCAUCUAUGCGGAGUUGUGCCGUAGGGAUGUGUCUGUAUUUAGACGUGUGAUUUUGGUCAAUAGCCAUAACCUGGACACCCAGGAGUGUUUGUUUAACAACUGUUUUAACAAAGUCAUCCGAUCAUUUCUGUAACCGCUGAAGGGAAAUGUUUGAAGAACAAAUGCCACAUGUGAUGUGUUCCCUCACAAUAAAUAAUGAGCAAUGUUCUCAAGUUACGUUUAAGAGAACGUAAUUCCUAACAUGUUGGCGUCAUUGAUUAAAGUGUAACUGGUUUGUGUAAUUAAACCUUUCUUUUUUGUCAACACAGAAGACAGGAACACGGAUUCAUAGAUUUGGCAUAAAAAGAAAGAAAAAGAUCCUUUUAUCUUUAUUGUUGUUGCAUGGAUAGGUAUUUUUUUAAGAAAAAAAAUAUGACAACUACGAAUGUGAGCUAUAAAUUGUUUAUUAAAGAAA